AUGGAACUUGUGAGACCAGCAGACUCGGUCGAAUGCCAUCCAUCCAUUAAUGGUUUGAUGACAGUGGGCACUUAUCUGAUCGAUCAACAACACACCGAGGAAUAUAAGGAGAGGCGCACUGGCACACUCUACCUAUUUGAUGUCCAACAACAACAAGAUGGUGACAAGGUUGGAACUCAUAAACUUAAUGUAGUACAGACAAUAGACUUCAAUGCUGGCGUAUUGGAUAUGAAAUGGUCUAGAUACCAACAGACUCAACCUAUGCUUGCUGUUGUGUUGUCUCGUGGUGACCUGUGUCUAUAUCAACUCGAGGAUGAGGAGGCAAAGAUGAAGUUAACACUCACUGGUAGUGAGCGAGUAUCACAAAGCGAUGGUGUGUUGACAUUGUCCUGUGAUUGGAGCGCAAAGAUUGCCGAACAAGGCAGUCCCUAUAGAUUGAUCACAAGUUUCAGCGAUGGCACAGUGUCGCUGAUUGAAGCCACUCCAUCAUCAAUCCAGACAACGAGCAACUGGCAGGCACACGACUAUGAAGCAUGGAUCGCCGCAUUCAACUACCACAACGACGCUAUUGUGUUCUCGGGCGGAGACGAUGGCACUUGGAAAGUGUGGGACCAGCGCGGCUCGCUGGACGCGCCCACAUCAACCAAGCGUUUUGAUAUGGGAGUGACAUCCAUUCACUGCAACCCUCACCUGGAGAACAUCGUCGCCGUUGGCAGCUAUGACGAGCGUCUGCGGAUAUUCGACCUGAGACAACUGCGAGCACCACUCUCAACGACCCACUCGCUGGGCAGUGGAGUGUGGCGUGUAAAGUGGCAUCCAUCAAGCCAACAUCAGAAUCAACUGGUGACUGCAUGCAUGGGUGGAGGAUUCCACAUCAUCGAAUACACAGAAAACAACUUUACUCAACCUACAAUCAAACAAUCAUACAUGGGUCCUCACCAAUCAAUUGCCUACGGUGUAGACUGGUCUGCAUCGACCGGCGCAGACCAAUACAUUGGCUGUUGCUCAUUCUACGAUAAGGUGUUGUCAAUUUGGAAUCCGAAUGAAUGA